UUAUUAGUACAACUGAAGCAGAGAAGCAGAAGCAGAAGCAGAGAUGGAGAUGGUUGAAAAGGUUGCUCUUCCUCUACUCCUCCCUAACUUACCUCCUUCCUCCAGGCCCACUCUUAUCCAUGACAUCAAUUCCUCUUCCUCUUCAUCUUCACACUCCCCCCGUCGCCACCGCACCAGUAUCGGAAGGUCCUCCGACCCCAACCGCGGCAAACCAUGGUCCAACCGCCGCCUCUCUGCUCGAGGUCAGCAAAUUCUCCAAACCUUAAUCGAUUCCCAUUCCAUUCCUCCACUCGAUGAUAUCUUGCCUCCACUCUUCGACCCUCCCUCCUCUCUCUCUCGGGAUGUUCUCGCUAUCAUCAGGGGUUUAGGGUUUAACGAGAAAUACGACCUUGCUCUCGCCGUUUUUGAUUGGGUUCGUUGCCGCGAGGGUUCUCUUCCUCUUUUGAGUGGCUCUGCUAUCGCUGUCAUCAUUAACCUUCUCGGCAAAGCGGGUCGGGUCUCAUCCGCCGCCUCCAUGCUCCGCACUCUCCAAAACGAUGGCUUCCAAAUCGAUGUCUACGCCUACACUUCUCUCAUAACCGCUUAUGCCAACACUCGCAACUACAAGGACGCCAUCUCCAUCUUCAACAAGAUGCAACAAGAUGGCUGCACGCCUACUCUCGUUACUUAUAAUGUUGUCUUGAAUGUUUAUGGUAAGAUGGGCAUGCCUUGGUCUCAGGUUAACGCUCUUCUUCAGGCCAUGAAAACACACGGGGUUUCCCCUGAUUUGUACACUUACAAUACACUCAUUAGCUGUUGUCGUCGCGGUUCUCUUUGUGAACAAGCUCUUGAGUUGUUUCAGCAGAUGAAGCUAGAGGGUUUCAGGCCUGACAGAGUUACCUAUAAUGCUUUAGUGGAUGUUUUUGCCAAGUCCAGACUCCCCGAGGAGGCCAUGGAAGUUCUCAUAGAGAUGGAAACUAAUGGAUUUUCUCCUACCACUGUCACUUACAAUUCAUUAAUAUCAGCUUAUGUCAGGGGUGGUUUCUUGGACCAAGCAUCCAAGCUCAAAACCCAAAUGAUGGAGAAAGGGGUCAAGCUUGAUGUCUUUACCUACACUACUCUUUUGUCAGGAUUUGAGAAGGCUGGAAAAGAUGAGUUUGCAGUUAACAUUUUUCAAGAGAUGAGAGCAGCAGGAUGCAAACCUAAUAUUUGCACUUUUAAUGCUCUUAUUAAGAUGCAUGGUAACAGGGGAAAGUUUGCCGAAAUGAUGAAAGUCUUUGAGGAGAUCAAGGUAUGCGGGUGUUCCCCUGAUAUUGUUACUUGGAACUCCCUUUUGGCCGUGUUCGGACAAAAUGGAAUGGACUCUGAAGUAUCAGGAGUUUUCAAAGAAAUGAAGAGAUCAGGGUUUGUACCCGAUAGGGACACCUUCAACACCCUCAUAAGUGCUUACAGCAGGUGUGGUUCCUUGGAUCAAGCAAUAGCUAUUUACAAGAGUAUGCUGGAAGCUGGAGUUACUCCAGAUCUCUCCACCUAUAAUGCUGUUUUGGCAGCAUUGGCUCGAGGAGGGUAUUGGGAACAAUCUGAAAAAGUCCUUGCUGAAAUGAAGGAUCGUCGGUGUAAACCUGAUGAGAUAACAUUCUCUUCUUUGCUUCAUGCCUAUGCCAAUGCUAAGGAGAUUGAUAGGAUGACUGCUUUUGCUGAGGAGAUAUACUCGGGUUCUAUAGAAGCAAAUGCUGUUCUGUUGAAGACCCUUGUUCUAGUAAAUAGUAAGAGUGGUCUGCUAACGGAAACAGAACGUGCUUUUUUGGAAUUAAGGAGAAGAGGAAUUUCACCUAACAUAACUACUCUGAAUGCAAUGAUUUCUAUUUACGGGAGGAAGCAGAUGGUGGCCAAAGCUAUUGAAAUUUUGAAUUUCAUGUAUGAGAGUGGAUUUACUCCAACUUUGUCUACAUAUAAUAGCUUGAUGUAUAUGUACAGCCGUUCGGAAAACUUCCAAAAGUCAGAAGAAAUCUUAAGGGAAGUUCUAGAAAAAGGUAUGAAACCUGAUAAAAUUUCAUAUAAUACUGUUAUUUAUGGAUAUUGCAGAAAUGGUAGGAUGAAGGAGGCUUCACGGAUAUUUUCUGAGAUGAAGAAUGCUGCACUUGUUCCCAAUGUUGUAACUUACAACACAUUUAUUGCAGCUUACGCUGCUGACUCGAUGUUUAUUGAGGCUGUUGAUGUUGUUAGAUACAUGAUCAAACAGGGAUGUAAGCCAGACCAGAAUACUUAUAACUCCAUCAUUGAUUGGUAUUGUAAGCACAAUCGGCAAGAUGAGGCAAACAGUUUUGUGAGAAACCUUAGUGGUCUUGACCCACAUCUUUCCAAGGAGGAAGAAAGUAGGUUACUAGAUAGAAUAGUUAGGGAAUGGCCAUAAGUUUUUCCAUGACUCUUCCACAGAGGCUAUUUUGGAACUCAGAAUGUUUCUUGGUCUCCAGUUCUAGAUGCCUUAGUCCCUUCCUCCUCCUUCGUUGCAUGUUAUGUGAUAUUUGGGUAUGGAGUUUGGUGAGUCACCCAAUGCAGAUGUGCUGGCGUGUUCCUUGAUCACAGUUUGUGGGCAUAAAAAGGCAGCAUGUAUAUCUGCUCAUUGAUUCUAGCUGGUGAGGUCACCCAGAAAGGGGGGAAAUUAAGGAAAUAUGAAGAGAAGGGAGAGGGGUUGGUUUUGAAUGCCAAUACCAUGUAGAAUAAAUAAUAAACUGUAUAGCAAGGCUAUCAUCAAGAAGGGGAAAAAACAUGUGCUAGGCUGUUUGUGUAUAGUCAUUUUGAUAACUGUAUUUAUGGUAUGAUUUAUUAUAAAGUGUAUCUGUAACAACCAAUAUGAAUUUGUGUUAAUGUUUUAGGAGUUGUAUUUAAGGGAAUGUAAUCUUUCAUACGAAGAAAUAUAUGUGAAAGUUGCACAAAAGAAUGUGAGUAGUCAACCAUAUAGAAGUAGGGUAGCAACUUGUAUUUCCUCUUUCUGUAUUCAUUUUGAAACAAGUUGUUCAUAUUAAAUAGUAUUGUUGUUAUCUAUAUUAAAUCUCAAACAUGGUCACUGCAGAUUGCUGCAGUGAGAUCAGUUUUUUGUUGUUA